UAAAACCAAGUCAACCCAUUUUCAUUCCCUUAAUUAUUCUCCCAGUUUGCAUGUUUUGCCUUGAAAAGGGGUUUUUUCCCCUUGUAAAAUCUGGGUAAGUUUUGUUUCUUCUUCUCUCUUGGAAACCAGUAGAUUUGAAGCAGCUUGGAUUCCUGUAUGGAAACUGUAACAGUUCCCAAAGUUCGAUUGGUUAGAUGCCCUAAGUGCCUUUUGGUUCUUCCUGAAGUUACAGAUUUUCCUGUGUACAAGUGUGGAGGCUGUGAUGCAAUUCUUGUAGCUAAAAAUAAAAAGGUCAUUGCCAAAGCCACCUCUGUCUUGCAAGAAACCGAAGCUGCUACGAAUAGGUCGGUUCGUGUGUCCGAACAUGGAGAAUCUAGCAGCUCGGCUCUGCAAGAUGUCCGUCCUCCCUUUUCAAGUCAAGAAAGUGGAGAGGAUCGGGAUAUAUCAACCGGCUUUCGUGGUGAGGACUUAUCGGUACAAGGGGAACAUAAGGGGCGGUACAACAAGGAUCUGAAUACGUCGAGACACGGUAAUGUUGACGGUGAAAGCGAUCACAAUCGCGGUUCCGGUAUGCUUGAUGAAAGUAAAUCGAAUGAAGGGAAGUAUAAUACAUCCGGAGAGAGUGAUGGUUUAAGUGGUCGUGUUAUGCUUGAUGAAAGUAGAUUGAAUGAAGGGCAGCAGAAUGGAACCGGAUUGUUGCGGACGGAAACUUUAGAUUGGUGCGAGAAGGAUCGAAAUACGUCCGGAUAUAGUGAUGGCGAUGAUGGAAGUGAUCGUGAUAUGCUUGAUGAAAGUAGAUUGAAUGAAGGGCAGCAGAAUGAAACCGGAUUGUUGCGGGUGGAAUCAUUAGAUCGCUACGAGAAGGAUCGAAAUACAUUCGGAGAUAGUGAUGGUGAAAGCAAUCGUGGUAUGCUUGACGAAACUAGACUGAAUGAAGGGCAGCAAAAUGGAACUGAACUAUUGCAGACAGAAUCUUUCGAACAUUGCGAUGUUCGACAGCCAGGAGUUUCCACCGAAGGUUCUUUAUCCACGGAGCUUCGUCAUGGGAAUGAAGAGCUAAUGCUGGAGAUAUCGACAGACCCUCAUAGCGAUGAGCAAGGUGAGGAAUUAUCGGUAGAAGGCCAGCAUAACGGUCGCUAUAAGAAGGAUCGAAAUGCAUCCAGAGAUAGUGAUGUUGAAAGUGAUAUGCUUGAUGAAAAUAGAUCAAAUGAAGAAUCAAUGUUGGCAGCAAAAACAAAUAUAGAAGCAGAGGCAAAGGGCAUGACCUCGCGGUUAGAAGGUGUAAAAUCGGAAUUUGAGACGAGCAGCAAGAUUGAUUCCAAUGCCGGAGGCUCUUGGAUAGGUGAACAUUGCGGAGUUAAUGGUUCAAGGUCUACGGAUACUUUUCAAACUGUCGAUUUUGUCAGCCUUUGUUCCGAGUUCAGCAGCGCUCCCGAAUGUUUGUCCAAGUCCACUACCGUUAGAAGUUCUCAUGCUUAUGAAGGCAGUAUUUCUUCUUAUGAUGGAAUUGAUGAUCACUUCUCUGAUCAGCAAUUACAUUCCUUUGAAAAUAGUUAUAAGCCUGCCAAUAAGAAACAUUAUGAGACGGAUAAAUACGGCAAGUGGCACCGAGAUGAAUCGCUAGAACCUGUAAUGCAUCACCGUCCACCUAGGAGCUGGCCGAGACCCCAGAGAGAUCAAUAUCCAGCUCAAGUUCCUUUGUCUCAAAGGACUCCUUUGCGUGGCUAUGAAAGUGCUGGCCCUUCACGUGAAUCGCGAGAUGAAUUCCCUUUUGAUUCGGCCUUUCAUCCCUUCGAGAAGGCCAAGUACGGUGAAGAGGAAAACAUGAAACUGUUGAGAAUGGUAUAUGAACUGCAGGAUCAAAUUAGCAGGACAUGCAAUCUGAAUGGAAAGACCAAUGCAAGUGCUUCCACUGAUGUACCUUGGAAGAAAAACCAUUAUAACAACCAUCUCGACCCACCCGAGGAUGAAGAUUUUUAUCCCGCUUACCACGGAGAACACGGCUUGAACCGGAGAAGUAGAUUCUCGCAUGUACCCUUUUCCAGAGGUGCAAUAAACACUAGUCACAGCAUUGACAACACCUGUUUAUGCUACCAUCCUCAAGCCUGGAAGCAUUUGGAGCAGCUGCCUUCGCCCAUGUUUCAACAUAACCGAGGAUUUUGUAGAGGCGGCACGGGCCAUAGUUGUUAUAAUUCAUACGGCUCUUUGCCCUGUAGCCCCCAAAGAUAUAUGGAGUCUAAUUUUUCUAAUAGGGUCCAUGAAAUUCAAUCUGAUGACCAGAGAUAUGGAGACCAUGAACUGAAGAGGCACUUAAAUGAGAAACAUCAUACGGUUAGACGACAUAUCCGACCAACGGCGGGUGGAGCUCCUUUUGUAACUUGUUACCAUUGCUUCAGCCCGUUGCAGUUACCUGCAGAUUUUCUACUUUUCAGAAGGAGGUUCCAUCAGCUAAAAUGCGGUGCUUGUUCAAAGGUGCUUAAGUUCUCACUCCGAAAAGGAACCAAUAUAGUUCCUUACGAACCGAUCGCCGCAGAACCUCCACCUAUCGAGGUCAAGGACCGCGAUGACGCGAUUAAUGCAAGAAUUCCGGGAACGGCAUCGAUUAGUCACGGUCGCAUGCAAACAGAUCCUUUGUCUUACUCCGACGAUUACGGACACUCUUUCGACAUAAGCUGCUCCACAGACGGAAACCCUGAUUCUCAUGCAAAUUUCUACCAUCUUCAAGGCAGCAAUGCUGAUGUCCAAAACAUGUCUUCUAGCUCUUCCAAAUCUAGGGAAACUUUCGAUUCAGUGGUGCAGUCCAGGUCGAAGAAAGUGUCCUCAGAAACCAAAGGGUCGCUACCGAGAACCGGAGGGUUGACGCUUCAUCAACUUAUGGGGUAUUCUUCACUAAGCCAAGUGCUAAGGGGACGUAGGUCAUCCAUCUCUAGCACAAGCUCAUCAAACUUUGGCAAAAACAACUCGGGAUUCAAUAGCUGAGCGUAGUAGUUAUUUUUUUUUUUCUGCAGAUAUAUUGGAGCGGGUGGAAGGAUUGACAUUACUGUUUGAAUUGUAUCAUGAAUGUAAAGGCUUAUAGAGGAGGCAAUUUACUUGAUUUGUUAAUUCAUAUAUAGGAAAGAUAGAUCAGAUACCUUAUAAUUUACAUGGAUUUGUACGUUCCUUUUUUUAUUA